GCCGUUGCUCUGACCACACGUCGCGUUCUCUCGAACACAUACCGACACGUGCGUGGCGCAUCCCCAUACCGUUUUAUUUUCAAUACGCACCCUGUGUUGUGUGUGGCGUUUGGAAUUUCACUUCUUGCCUAUUGAUUUUCUGGCGCGCAAAAAGUGUUGUGUGGGUGCGAGGAUAUGCGUAGUAAUAGGACGGGUGAGCACAGGUGACAUUUGUGUUUAAUGCCAGUGCCGUGUUCAUAAUGUUUGUUUGGAAAGCGAACACGACCCGCCGGAAGAGCGGUAGCUGGUCUAGAAUGGUGACAAAAGUUGGAACACAAAUAUCAAGGACGACGUCUUUGUGCCUCGUUUUAGCAUUAAUCAGUACUAAAGCUCGCGCCGGCGAGCUCUGGCCUACAGAGCGACCGGAUGGCAUGCCUGUGAUACAAUCGUUAGAGGUGAUGUGUGGAAAGGAUCACAUGGACGUACAUCUGACAUUUUCACAUCCAUUCGAGGGCAUUGUCUCAUCAAAAGGUCAGCACGGUGAUCCUCGAUGUGUCUACGUGCCGCCAUCCACAGGCCAAACCUACUUCUCAUUUAGAAUCGCCUAUGCCAAGUGCGGUACCAAACCUGACCUACAUGGACAGUUCUACGAAAAUACAGUAGUGGUUCAAUAUGACAAGGACCUGUUGGAAGUGUGGGAUGAGGCCAAAAGGUUGCGCUGCGAAUGGUUCAACGAUUAUGAGAAGACUGCUUCGAAGCCUCCUAUGGUGAUAGCUGACUUAGAUGUCGUGCAGUUAGAUUUCAGAGGUGACAACGUGGACUGUUGGAUGGAGAUACAAGCUGGUAAAGGACCUUGGGCAGCUCCAGUUUCUGGAAUAGUGCCGCUAGGUUCCACGCUAACUCUCGUCGUUGCCAUUAACGAUUAUCGAGGUGAAUUCGAUAUGCGAGUCAAGUCUUGCGCGGCGUCUGAUGGCUCCGGGCAUAUUAUACAGCUGUCAGAUGAAUACGGCUGUGUGCUGCGACCUAAAAUGAUAUCCAGGUUCCUCAAAGCCAAAGCAGUUGAUGAACGGGCUACAGUGAUCACAUAUGCCUUCUUCCACGCAUUCAAGUUUCCCGAUGCCCUUAGUGUCCAUAUACGGUGUAAAGUUGAGAUCUGUCGACACGGCUGCCUAGAUCACUGUCAGCUGGCAGGUAUAGCACCGGGACCUCAUGAUGCAUUGGAUAGAAAAGAUGAGAGGUCACAACAGGAACGCAAUGAUAUUGGUGAUAUAUUAUCGGAAGACACCGAUUUGAGUCUCGCAGAAGACCACCAACGUCUCCCGUUGGAGGAGGCGUUUGGUGACGAAGUGUCAGGUGACGCGGUGCCGGCGCCUGCGCCGUUGCCACAGCGUGCGCCUGCGCCGGUCAUUGAAGAAGAGACCGACCAUCGGUCUGCUGUUGAGGAGCUGGUCGAGGCACUUGCUAGGCCGUUUACUGACCGUCCUUCCGACUUAACCGAACGCGAACGAUUCCCGCACGGCCCAAGAAACUUCGGUGAUCUUAAAAACGAAGCCGUAGUUCCAGCACAAAAGCCAGGUCCAGCUGUUGCUGGCCCCAGGUCUUUGAGGAAACGCAGAACAGUCCGUGACGCACGGUCAGCUGACGUUGGUGUCUCUGGGCUUUAUGAUGUGGUGUCUGAAGCUGACCUGCAGUUUGGUCCAACGAGAGAACCCGUUACGGUCUUCAGUGGCAGGAUAAGGGAGGAGGUGGUUUACGGAAUAUGUAUGGGCGCAGUGAGUUUCGGUGCUCUCUUCGCUUCAGCGGCCGGCGCAGCCGCGGGUGCCGCACUGGCCGCUGCAGUUCUCUUGCAUAAGUUGCGCGCGCGCAUGGCUGCUCAGACGCCGAUGUCGACAGCUCCGGCCUCGCACUCCCUCGCUGCCUGGAUGGCCUUACGUUUAUUAGGAACACCGCACUCACGGGAAGGAUGAUCAUUAGUUAGUGUAUAAUGAAAUUAAUUAUCCCAAAAAAAUAUUGUAAAAUUCGUAUUUCUGACAAGUGACAGUUGACACUUUGAAUUCGUGAGGUCUUUAAGGCAAUAUAGUAUCAUUUAUUGCUAAUGAAUAUUGGUCAGUAAUGAAAAGCAUAUUCGCAUUUGUAAUACUGUAGUUUGUGUAAACUACAUCACAGUAAUUAUUAAUAACUUAAUAGGCUGUCAAAAAUAAUAAAGUAAAUAAUACUAACAUUUGUUUAUACGUUUUUGUUGUGAUACAAACUCAUACAUUGCUCGCUUUAAGACCUCCCUUUUCAUUUAUACGACAAAAGCUAUCGUAUUAAAAAAAAUUGCCACAGAAAAACCUUUUAGAUACAAUUGUUAAUAGUUAAUAUGCAAUAGUAUUCGUUUAUUCGUCACAUUAAUAUUAAUGGACUUUGAACCAGUGUUUUUGCAUAAUAUAGAAAAAAAAUGUUAGAUUAACCCUACACUUGCAGAGCUUACAUCCUUCCUAUAUAUUCCGUGGUUAUUAAAUUAUUUUCUUAGACAAAAUACUACGUUGCUAGUUCAGGUGCCUAGACAAAGAUAAUUUGCGUCCAGCGUGACUCGGUACCGAAAAUGUAUCGAAGUGGUCACGUGACGUAUGAGUAAUUUUCAAUCGCAUAGCACAAUUUUAUUGCUCAGUUGUUAUUGAGUUAGUUGUUUUCACUAAAACAGACUUUUCUAUAUAAUUGGCAUAGUUGACAAAAGAGUUUU